AUGUUCACAUGCUAAAUUAAUCCAGUGCAAUGCUAACAAAAGCCCUUGGAGACAGAUAAAUCACAUGAUCUAUCUUAAAAUGGAAAAAGAAGGAACACCACGAUUAAGAACAUGUAUUAGAAAAAUAGAAACUCCACUGCCAGUGGUGUCUUCAAUCAUAACAAUAAAACAGUCACUGAGGACAAUAGACACAGUACCAUUAUGGAGACAGUACCUGAUCAAACUUUGUUAAACUUGCAAUAGCAUUAAUCCCUUUUCAAUAAUCAGCAUAUUGGUCAGUCAGCUAGACACUUACGCUUUAAAUCUUUGAAUCUAGAGAUGCUUAAGAACUUUGAAGUCAAGAUUUAAUAAGAUAACAACACUCAAAAAAAGGUUGUUAUUAUAGCACCGAAACAAAUAGAAACUUGUAAAUCUGGGUUUUCUACGGCUCGAUGCUCAAUGUCUCCUUCAAAGGAACAAAAGGACUUUUCAAGUGGGAUUAAAAAUACCUAUGAUUUUAUCAAGAAUAAAGUACUCACCUAGAGAGAGAUCUUGAUCCAAAGAGAAGAGAAAAAACAUGAAAGUUUAGCAACAGUUGUGAUCAAAAGAGAUUUCAAAAGCAGAGAAAAGAAGCUGCCUAAGCAUCUUUUGUAAUCACGAUCUUUAUAGCAAACACCGAUAAGAAGAAUCAUAUUUGCAAAGCACAUUAUCAAAUAGUAGUACGAAAGAACAGCUGGCAAAACGAAUUAGGGCAGUAUCAAGCAAAGAGAGAAAAUAAGAUAUAUAAACUCAGAAGUAGAUUUUGAGACGAUGAAUCUUGUGGAUAUCAAUCUGCUAUCCUAGGAAAAAGGAAAAUUCAGAAGAGUAUGCAUCGAGAGUCUCGAGCAAAGACUCCAGAACUAGUUAAAUUAAGAAUAAGAUCAAAACAUAAGUCCUAAUAAAUUAGAUGCUUACGCCAUGGAAUAGGAAAAACUCAGACGAAUGGAGGUUAAGAGAUUCAAAACUAUUAUGGAGAGACAAAAAGACUCAUAUGAUGAAUUUGACAAUGAUGAUGAAAUUUAAAGGCAUCUAGAACUGCUAAGACAAUAAAAUCAAAAGAAAUCUAUACUAGAUUAAUAAAGAGCAAAUCCAAGUAUAGCUCUGUAACCUUUAAGCCAUAGAGAUGAAGGUAAUCAUAACAAGCACGGUGACAAUCAUAAGAGAGCUAUGAGUUCAGACUAAGGCAAGCAUAAGAGGGCUGAAAGUGGGCUUGUACCAGAUACUAGACCUUUGAUAACUAAACUUUUUGGAGAUGGCAUGAGAUUUAUUAGGCGUAAGGAUUUAGCAGUGAUAUAUGAUAAAACUGCUCUUGGCUAAAUAUAGGUACUUUGA